UACAGCUAUAUAAGGUUAGCUAGAAGGUAAAGAUUUGUAUUGGUGCCCUCGUGCUCCCUGUAAUGCGCAUCGGUUUUGAUAGAUUCUUCUCAAGAAUACCGCCAUAUUUGGGGUUUUCUUAUAUAUAAACCCUAGAAACCCCCAUGUAUAUAUAUAUACAGAGACAAAAUUUACAGCUAUGUAAGGUUAGCUAGAAGAUAAAGAUUUGUAUUGGUGCCCUCGUGCUCCCUGUAAUUCGCAUCGGUUUUGAUAGAUUCUUCUGAAGAAUACCGCCAAUUUGGCGAUAACAAGAGAAGCAACUCUAGAUCGAGAAAAUGUCGUCGGCAAUGGGAGUAGAAGUGCUAAAAAUCAUAGCCGAUUAAACCAAAGAGCACAUUUUGGUGCUCAAAAUAAGCUUUUGCCAGGAUUAAGAUCACUAUAAUAUCUAUUCUGCCAUUAUUAGACCAAAGGUCUGAUCAAUCCCCCAGAUUUAGCCAUGGCCACGCCCAUUCACUGCAGAUGGUUCUUGAACCUGCCGCUAACUAUAAGGGGACGAUCGCCAUGGAGGAUAUGGCUCAUGAUUUCAUGGAUGAUCAUUGUUAUUGCCGUUCCCCUUUUCUUCAAAUUUGUAAUCCAUAUCGACUCCAAAUAUCCUUACAUAAUAUUUGCAGUAAUAAUAUUGUUCAUAAGUCCCGUGGUUUUCGGGAAAAAGAAGGAAGCGGGGACGACGGCCCCGGCGGCGGUAAGGGCGUCGGAGCCUUCCACGUCAGAUUCGAGGCCGAGGCGGAGCGUUGACGUGGAGAUGGAGAAGUUCGAUUACAGUGUGUCAAAAGAUGAGGUGGAAGAUGGUAGCGGACAGCUGUGCGUUAUCUGUCUGUGUAAUUAUGAAGAAGACGAGCAGCCAGCUUUGUCGUUGCCAGCGUGUCGUCAUAAUUUCCACGUGGCUUGCAUUCAGAGGUGGCUGCAGUGCCACGGCAGAUGCCCCAUCUGCAGCGCAACACCGAUUUCGCAGCACGCCUUUUCACAGGUGGGCACGGAUGUAGUACGUCUCUCAGUUGUAGUGGAUGCCCCGGAGAGCAUUGGAGAGGAAAGGGUGGAUAUAUGAACUUUGUUCAUUGUAAUUUGGAUGUGUAUGUAACGAGGCAUUUCUUCUAUGUACUAUUUUAGGAUUCUUCAAUAAUGAGGUUUG